CGCUCCGGGAUUAAAUUACGCUCCUUGACAGAAUAAACCACGUGACUGAAUCUCACGUGACCGCCCUAGAUCUGGUCACGUGACUGCCUCACUCAGAGUUUUUGAACAGUCCAGUUGGAUUUUUCCCAGACUGGGGGUGAAAUUGGUCCCGUUACCGAAGAAACGGCCGGAUAAUGAGGCUGUUGAAGCAAACUCCAGGUUUCUUGUUGCUGUGGGUCUGUGUGACGGUGACCUCCCACCCCUGCUCGUCGUUUUUCUGCCGAAAGUCUCACCGUGUGAGCGGCCAGAAUGGAGCGGACCCCGGCUCCCCUCUUUUCCUCACCCCGUAUCUGGAAAAGGGCGACAUAGACGAAGCCAGGAAGCUGAGUCAGGUAGGAAGCCUACCCGGGCCAAACGUCAAGAGCUAUGCAGGAUACCUCACAGUCAACAAGAAGUACAACAGCAACCUCUUCUUCUGGUUCUUCCCUGCCAUCAUGGCGGGCCAGGAGGGGGCUCCGGUGCUGCUGUGGCUCCAGGGCGGGCCGGGAGGGACCUCCAUGUUCGGGCUGUUUGUGGAGCACGGCCCUUAUGUGGUUUACAAGAAUCUGACAGUUGGUCUGAGGGACUUCUCCUGGACAAGCAGAUACUCGGUUUUGUACAUAGAUAACCCGGUUGGAACAGGAUUCAGCUUCACCGAACACGAUGGCGGGUUUGCUCAGAACCAAGAUGAUGUGGGCAGAGAUCUGUACAGUGCUCUGACACAGUUCUUCCAGCUCUUUCCUGAGUAUCAGUCCAACGAGUUCUACGCCACCGGAGAGUCUUAUGCAGGAAAGUACGUUCCUGCUGUUUCCUACUACAUCCACAAAAACAACCCCACUGCUAAAGUGAAGAUCAACUUUAAGGGCAUGGCUAUUGGAGAUGGACUCUGUGAUCCAGAACUGAUGCUGGGUGGUUACGGCGAGUUCCUGUACCAAACGGGAAUGAUCGAUGAGCUCCAAAAGCAGUACGUGAACAAGCAGACGGACCUGGGUGUGGAGCUCAUCCAGCAGCAGAAGUGGGUGGAGGCCUUUAAGGUGUUUGACUCUUUGCUGAACGGCGACAUGGACCCGUAUCCGUCCUUCUUUCAAAAUGCAACUGGCUGCACGAACUACUAUAACUACAUGACAUGCCAGGAGCCUGAGGACCAGGAGUACUUCUCCGAGUUUGUGACCCUGCCUGCCGUGCGACGCUCCAUCCACGUGGGCAACCUCACCUUCCACGACGGCUCGGAGGUGGAGAAGCACCUCCUUCAGGAUGUGAUGAAGAGCAUCAAACCAUGGCUGGGAGUUCUGAUGGACAACUACAGGGUGCUGAUCUACAGCGGUCAGCUGGACGUGAUCGUAGCUGCUCCUCUGACUGAGAGGUUCCUGCCUACUGUCAACUGGACCGGAGCUGCCGAGUACAAAACCGCCCCCCGCUUCCACUGGAAGCUGCAGCCCAGCGACACGGAGGUGGCCGGUUAUAUUCGACAAGUGGGAGAGUUUUACCAGGUGAUCAUUCGAGGAGGAGGACACAUUCUGCCGUACGACCAGCCAGCCAGAUCCUUUGAUAUGAUCGACAGGUUUCUGUCCACCCAGGGCUGGAACUGAAAAGCUUCUUUACAGAAACGUGACUGGUUGAAGCUCCGUCUCCGUGUCAAACACACUGAUUGUUCAGAGCUGACUUGAAAAGGUGUUGAUUUCCACAACAAAUCUAAAUCUACAAGUUUUGUUCAGAUAUUUGCAACAAACAUUUUUUUCUCGUGUUUUAGCAAAGGGAUGUUAUGAUUUGGGACUUUGAUUUCUAAGGAACCCCCACAGAUGUAGUUGGUACAUCGGGCUCUGUCGUCGUGGCUCCUGAAUCUAGUAAAUAUUUUUUUAAUCAUUUAUUUAAAAUGUGUAAUAUUUUAGCCAAUAAUGAAAUGUUUUUGUAACAAACCUGUUUUUACUUUUGUAUUUGAUCUACUUUUGUGUUUCUUUCUGGUUUUCCUGCAACAAGAUUUUGAGUCACCUUAAAUGUCCACUAGGGGGCACUGCACUCUAAAGGAUUUGAACUGUUAGCGGAGAAAAGCUCCAACAUGUUAAUCAUCACAAUAAUUAUAAUAAUAACUCCAACCUUCCUAAUUACAAACAUUUAAUCAGAAAAGCUUUCCCACUGAAACGUCCUGGUCUUCGUAUUUGUUUGUGUAAAUUAUGGAGACGUCUCUUCUGAUGGACAAGUGUGACCUCUUGCUGUCUACACACACAUACACACAAACACACAUUCUUGUUCAGCCCUGGCAGGUCUCCAUGAAGGCUGCACGUGUAAAAGUUAUCUGAUUGUGGACACAAACACUUUUGAAAAGAACCAACGUAACCUGCAAUAAAAUGUUGUGGCUCUGA